UUGUUAACCACAUCCUCCCUCAUUUCCCUCCAAAAUUAGUGUUUUUCGUGCUACCACUCUGUUUCUUUCUCCUCUCACUUUCCAAUUUUAGCUCCUGUUUGUUCCCCGGCUAUCUUCUCCCCCGAACCGACACCACCAAUAACCCACGCCUCUCCGUUUCCGACGUCGGUCGUUGUUUCCCGGCGGAACGCGCCCCGUUCCGCCGCCGCUGCCGUGGCCAUGCCACUCAUACAGCGGAGGACAGACCCUGUGCUCUGAUCGCCGUCGUCAUCGUUCGCCGCCGCUGCCGCCGCAGCACGCGCCCGAUGGGCAACGUCUGCGUCGGCCCGCGCCGCAGCUUCGCCAAGAAAGGCUUCUUCAGCACCAUCUCCGGCUCCAUUUGGCGCAACCGCUCCGCCGCUCCCUCGAGUAGCCCCUCCGAGCCUACCACCACCUCCCGCUCCGUCCCCGUUGUACAGCCCACCGCCUCCGCUCCUCCCCCAGAGGUCAAGCCGCCUGCGCCUGAGCCAACCCCUACGGCCCCUCCAGCUCCCAUCGUCAUCUCCGAACCGGCGAUACCGCCCCCCCAACAGCACCCUCAGCCAGCGGAGAAAGAGGCCAAUACCCCUUCUCCUCCUCCUCCGUUGGAGCAGCAGCCGUCAUCGCAGCCGGCUCAGCCGCAGCCGAGACAGCAGUCGCAGCCCAAAAAGCCGUCGGGGCACAUCAAGCGCAUCUCGAGCGCCGGGCUGCAGGUGCAGUCGGUCCUCCGGCGUAAGACCGACAACCUCAAGGACAAAUACAGCCUCGGCCGGAAGCUGGGGCAGGGGCAGUUCGGCACGACGUACCUGUGCGUGGACAAGGCAACUGGUCUGGAGUACGCGUGCAAGUCCAUCGCCAAGCGGAAGCUCAUCACCGACGAGGACGUCGAGGACGUGCGGCGGGAGAUCCAGAUCAUGCACCACCUCGCCGGCCACCCGAACAUUAUCUCCAUCCGGGGAGCCUAUGAGGACGCGGUGGCGGUGCACGUCGUGAUGGAGCUGUGCGCCGGCGGGGAGCUGUUCGACCGGAUCGUGCGCAGGGGGCACUACACCGAGCGGCAGGCUGCCGAGCUCGCCCGUGUCAUCGUGGCCGUCGUGGAGUCGUGCCACUCGCUGGGCGUAAUGCACCGCGACCUCAAGCCUGAGAACUUCCUCUUCGUGGGCAAUGAGGAGGACGCGGCGCUCAAGACCAUCGACUUCGGCCUCUCCAUGUUCUUCCGACCAGGCGAGAUGUUCAGCGACGUUGUGGGGAGCCCGUACUACGUGGCGCCGGAGGUGCUCAAGAAGAGCUACAGCCAGGAGGCUGACGUGUGGAGCGCUGGCGUCAUCGUAUACAUCCUGCUCUGCGGCGUGCCUCCAUUCUGGGCAGAGACAGAACAGGGGAUAUUCGAGCAGGUGCUGAAGGGUACGCUGGACUUCGAGUCGGACCCGUGGCCCAGCGUGUCGGAGGGCGCCAAGGACCUGCUCCGGAAGGUGCUCGUCAGGGACCCCAAGAAGCGGCUCACCGCGCACCAAGUCCUCUGCCACCCGUGGCUGCAGAUGAGCGGAGAGGCACCCGACAAGCCGCUCGACUCGGCGGUUCUCUCGCGCCUGAAGCAGUUCUCGGCGAUGAACAAGCUCAGGAAGAUGGCAUUGAGAGUGAUUGCCGAGAACUUAUCAGAGGAGGAGAUUGCAGGGCUCAAGGAGAUGUUCAAGAUGAUGGACACCGACAAUAGCGGGCAGAUCAACUAUGAGGAGCUCAAGGCUGGGCUGGAGAGGGUGGGCGCCAACAUGAAGGAGUCGGAGAUAUCUCAGCUCAUGCAGGCUGCCGAUAUUGACAACAGUGGUACCAUAGACUAUGGAGAGUUCAUAGCUGCCACUCUACACUUGAACAAAGUUGAUAGGGAAGACCAUCUAUAUGCCGCCUUCCAAUACUUUGACAAGGAUGGUAGUGGAUACAUCACGGCUGACGAGCUCCAACAGGCAUGCGACGAGUUUGGGAUUGAGGAUGUUCGACUUGAGGACAUGAUAGGCGAAGUAGAUCAGGAUAAUGAUGGACGCAUAGAUUACAAUGAGUUUGUGGCCAUGAUGCAAAAAUCGACCGCAGGCUUUGGGAAGAAAGGCCAUCAGUAUAACGUUAGUGUCGGUCUUAGGGAUGCCUUGAACAUAAAGUCAAAUAGCUAACAAUGUUGUAGAAGUGUUUCUAUUGUGUACCUAUAUGUAUACCCACCUCCUUUUACUAUGAUAAGUGGUGUUGUACAUACAUAUGUGAUUCUAAAGGAAAGGGAAGCGUAUGAUUGUAAAGUAAAGGAAAGGAAAA